AUGUUGUCAUUGUUUAUGAUCAACAAACACGGUUGUUUGAUUUACUACAAGUGUCUAAAUGGAAAUGAUACUCUAUCGUCUAAUGAUAUAAUCCGUUUAGCCAGUACGCUACAUGGUUUAUCUACAAUUUCUCUAAAGUUAUGUAUUCCCAAGUCUAGUGACACACACACAGUACUUCCUAAACCAAAAGGUAUAACAUAUAUCGAAUCGGACGUGUUUCGUUUGCAAUGUUUGGAGAGUUUAACAGGGCUAUGUAUAUUUAUAGUAUGUGAUACAAAUAGGCCGUCUAAGUCUCACGUAAACAUUAUUUUGAACUACAUCUACGAGUUGUACUCCGAUUUUGUCCAAAAAUGCCCAUUCCACCAACUUGACAUGCCUAUACGUUCCAAAUUAUUUGAGGAACAGAUUGCUUUGUAUUUUAAGGAUUGGUCUUAA